CUGCUUCAAGCAAGUUAUAGUUUCUACACGUGGCCCUCUGCUCCAAUACUCGCUUGGUUUCUGUGGGAACAUCGUAACGAGUUAGCCGGCAAGUACAUCGUUGAACUAGGAGCUGGAACUGCUCUUCCAGGUAUCCUAGCUGCUAAGUGCGGAGCUGUCGUUACACUGACAGAAAGUGCAUGCUUACCCAAGAGCAUCCAACAUAUUAAAAGGUGUUGUGAAAUCAACAACCUUCAGCAGAAUCAAGUUCGUGUUCUUGGUCUUACGUGGGGACUCUUCUUGUCUAAUUUAAUUGAUCUUGGACCAGUAGACCUCAUCAUAGGAUCGGACUGUUUCUAUGACCCAACUGUAUUCGAGGACAUAAUUGUCACAGUUGCGUUCAUCCUUCAAAACAAUCCCCAUGCAAGAUUUCUGUCAGUUUACCAAGAACGCUCCUCUGAUUGGACCAUAGAGCAUCUCCUCCACAAGUGGAACCUCAGCUGCGAACACAUCCCAAUCGAUAAUCUUGGGGCUAGCGUUGGCCUGGACAUUAGUAAUUUGAUGCAAGAUCAUACAAUCCAUCUGCUGGAAAUCAGGUGUAACUGAAAUCCCACAUUGCUGUGACAUUGAGAAGUUGCAAAGAAAAUAAAGAGUGAAAUUUUUACUGAACAUGAGCAGUAAAAGAUUGUCACUUUACAUCGCUAACCUUCCCUGGACGGUCGGCAACCAAGAGCUCAAGAAGUACUUUUCUCAAUUUGGCAAAGUAAAGUGGCAGAACGUGAUAUUCUCCAAGCAGGACGGGUUUUCACGAGGGUUUGGAUUUGUGUCUUAUGAAUCACAAGAAGCUCUUGACAAUGUAUUUCGAAAA